AUGCAGAAUCAAAUUGUUAAGGGCUAUAAGGCCCUCGCUCACAUCCGUCAAUUUCUCAUUAACGAUCGACCUCGCCCUCCUAAAAUCACAGACAAAAUGGUAUUGAAAAGGGCGGAGGAUUUGGUGGUGGAUUUGGCGGAGGAGGUGGUGCAGGUGGUGGGUUUGGAGGAGGAGCCGGUGCAGCAAGGUGGAGGGAUUGGAAAGGGUGGUGGGAUUGGCAAGGGAGGCGGCAUCGGGAAAGGUGGUGGACUUGGAGGCGGCAUUGGGAAAGGAGGGGGAGUUGGCGGCGGCAUUGGGAAAGGGGGGGGAUUAGGAGGUGGGAUUGGGAAAGGAGGGGGAUUUGGCGGUGGGAUUGGGAAAGGAGGAGGUCUAGGUGGAGGGAUUGGAAAGGGCGGUGGCAUUGGUGGUGGGAUUGGAAAAGGAGGUGGGAUUGGUGGAGGGAUUGGGAAAGGUGGUGGACAUGGAGGCGGCAUUGGGAAAGGUGGUGGAAUUGGUGAGGGAGGGGGAGUUGGCGGUGGGAUUGGGAAAGGAGGAGGUCUAGGUGGAGGAAUUGGAAAGGGCGGUGGCAUUGGUGGUGGUAUUGGAAAAGGGGGUGGGAUUGGUGGAGGUAUUGGGAAAGGUGGAGGAGUAGGUGGUGGUGGUGGUUUUGGAGGUGGAUCUGGUGGUGGCCUUGGUGGUGGGUUUGGAAAAGGUGGAGGUGCUGGAGGAGGAAUAGGAGGUGGUUCUGGCGGUGGCUUUGGUGGAGGAGGUGGCAGCGGAGGUGGGUUUGGUGGCGGGGGUGGGUUUGGAGGCGGUCGAGGAGGUGGAAUCGGACACCACUAAACUGUUUGCGUUGCAUGCAUGCAUGCAUGCAAUCUCAUAUAAAGAAAAAAAAGAGAGACCUCUCUAAAAAUAUAUCAACUAUGCAAUUUAUCUAGUAUUUCUGUUGUAUUGUCAUCAUAAUAAUUGAUUUCUUGAUUCCUAAUUGUUGUCACUCCGUUCAUGUGUUUUAUUUAUUAUACUUAAUUUCUACCAA